UAACUAUUAGGCCUUUUCUUUUCUUCUGUAGACCCUCCCACGCUCCCCACCACCAACUACUGCACCCAACCCACCCCCGUCAGACGCCGCUCCUUCACCACGAAGUCUCUGCGGCUGCCAAACGAACCAUUUCUGCGACGGUACUGGUGAUCCACAGCAAUCUCAGACCUCCCGCGUUACGAGAACCACCAGCACGACGACCUCAGAUCUGAGGUGGCUCCAGCCAGCAACGACGCCCGCCGCAUUUCUCGACUACCCUCAGCCUGAACUAAUUUGGAUCCCCUAGACCCUAGUCUUUAGAUCUGUUCAGAUUAGUUUCAGGUUGAUUGAAUUAAGGUUUAAGGUCGACUUCUGGAGUCUAUCCGAUAGUUUAAGAGCGCUUUAAAACUUUUAAUUGAGAUUGAGGAAUGGCUUUGAGGACUUGCAUGAAUGUGUCGUGCAGAGCAUCCUCUUCAACCGAGUGGAGGAAAGGUUGGGCUCUACGAUCGGGAGAUUUUGCUACUCUUUGCGAUAAGUGCGGGUCUGCUUACGACCAGUCAAUUUUCUGCGAUAUAUUCCACUUAAAAGACUCUGGUUGGAGGGAGUGCACCUCAUGUGGCAAGCAUCUCCAUUGUGGAUGCAUUGCUUCCAAGUUUCUGAUGGAGCUUCAUGAUAGUGGGGGGGUGAAUUGCAUAAGCUGCGCAAAAAGUUUAGGACUUCAUACUACUAGUACCAGCGAAAAGUUGAAUGGGCUUGGCACAUCACAAGUUCAAAAUUCUGGUGAUUUACAAUCAUUUUUAGUGGAAGAUGGUAACAAUGAUAGAAUAACACUCAUCCAAUCGGGAAACAAGGCAGAGGGAAAUGAGCUUAGACAAUCACACCUAUCUCCAAGUAAUAACAAAAAUGUAUCCUUGGUUCAAAUGAAACACGAAGAAAAUUGUCCUUCAGUGAGAGAUGUUGGAUAUGUCUGUUCCUCGGAAUCCACUCAGGUGACAAAUGGUUUGAAUGAAUUUGCCAAACAGGAAAUCUGCAAAGGAGACAGUGGAACAAAGCUUGCUUAUGAUUCACUUGCUUUGGGCUGUGGUAACUCAAAUCCCCUUCCUGGCGUUUCUAUUGAUGAAAAAGAGGCUAGCAAGCCAUCCUCUCCGUUGCUUCUAGGCUCUAGGUCUCGUCAUCUUAUUCCAAAGCCUGCACGUUCAGUAUUUAAUGUAGGCUUGGAGUCAAAUACUAGCAUGGUUUCACAAGUACGCGUUGCGAGACCACCUGCAGAAGGGAGGGGGCGAAAUCAGUUACUUCCUCGGUAUUGGCCCAAGAUUACUGACCAAGAACUGCAGCAGAUUUCUGGAGCUUCAAAUUCCACUGUUGUGCCCUUGUUUGAGAAGAUGCUCAGUGCCAGUGAUGCCGGUCGGAUAGGUCGAUUGGUUGUCCCAAAAGCCUGUGCUGAAGCGUAUUUCCCUCCGAUCUCUCAGCCAGAGGGCCUUCCUAUUAGAAUCCAAGAUGUCAAAGGAAAAGAGUGGGUGUUUCAGUUCAGGUUUUGGCCUAAUAAUAAUAGUAGAAUGUAUGUUUUGGAAGGAGUAACUCCCUGCAUUCAGUCCAUGCAGUUGCAAGCUGGAGACACUGUGACUUUUAGCCGCAUGGAUCCGGAGGGCAAACUUAUUAUGGGCUUUCGCAAAGCAUCAAGCUCUUCUAUAAUGCAGAAUUAUUUGGUUGAACAGGAUUCUCAUCCAUCUGCUCUUUCUACUAGCGGUCACUCGAGUGAAUUCUUUUCAAGUGUUUUUGAGAAUCUUCCUCUUUUGAGUGGCCAUUCCAGCCUUCUCCAGUCCUUGAAGGGCAACAUGGAUCCCCAGCUCAAUUUAUUGCCUGGGUACUUCAAUCAACCUGGUAAUGAUACGAACUGGCAAAAAGCUGAGAAGCAAGAUGAUCAAUCAAGAGAGUGCUUGCUCCUAUCUUCAAUGAUGGUACCAGAGAGGAAAAGAACUCGAAAUAUUGGGUCUAAAAGUAAAAGGCUGCACAUUGAUUGUCAGGAAGCUCUGGAAUUGAGACUUACAUGGGAAGAGGUGCAGGAUUUGCUUUGUCCACCACCCACUGUCAAACCGAGCAAGUUCAUGGUUGAGGAUCAUGAAUUUGAAGAGUAUGAAGAACCUCCAGUUUUUGGAAAGAUGAGCAUUUUUGUGGUCCAUUCAACUCGGGGACAAGAGCAAUGGGCACAGUGUGACGAUUGCUCUAAAUGGCGAAGGUUGCCCAUUGAUGUACUUCUGCCCUCCAAGUGGACAUGCUUGGAAAACAUUUGGGAUCAAAGCAGGAGUUCAUGUUCUACACUUGAAGAACUGACAACAAGGGAACUGGAAAAUAUUCUCAGAUUGAAUAAGGAAUUCAAGAGGCAGAGAACUUUGGCUUUCAGUGGACCAAUCCAGGAUCAUGAAUCCUCUGGUCUGGAUGCUCUGGCGAAUGCUGCUACUUUAGGAGAUAAUGGCAGUGAUCCAGGCACUGCAUCAGUUGCAACUACAACAAAACAUCCAAGGCAUCGGCCUGGUUGCUCGUGCAUUGUGUGCAUCCAACCUCCCAGUGGCAAGGGAAAGCACAAACCUACAUGCAUGUGCAAUGUUUGUAUGACAGUUAAACGUAGAUUUAAAACUCUAAUGAUGCGCAAAAAGAAGCGGCAGUCAGAGCGUGAAGCUGAAAUCGCUCAGAAGAAUCAGCUUAAGUGGAGCUCUAGAGAGGAAUCUGAGUUGGACAACACCUCUCGGCAUGCAUCCCUGAACCUCGAUCCUUCUGCAAAUGAAGCCCAAUUGAUGACAAAUGAACCUAGAAGCCAAAGUAAUUUGGUUGAAACUUGUAAGGACCAAUUAGAUUUAAAUUGCCAACCUGACCAAGAAAAUGAAGUAGAAGGGGUGCCUAACCGAGUGAGCAUGAUGAGUCUAGUUCAAAUCGCAAGCCUACCAUUGGAGACAUAUUUGAAGCAGAAUGGUCUUACAAGUUUGUUACCAGAACUACAGGCAAGUUCAGCAUCACAUGCACCAGCCCAAGGUACAAAUGAGAUGGAAGGAGCUGUAAAUGAUGAUGGGUGUUUUGCUUCUGCUGCUCAAGAUCAGGAAAGUGAGGGAGAACAAAUUUGCGGAAAAGAUCAAAGCUGAAGUUCAAUCCCGAAAGUUGAACCUGCCUCUUGUUUGUGAUUAUUAAAUACUAACAUCUAAAAUAUAGGUUAGUUAUUUAAUUUCAAUGUAAAUAGAUAAUUGAAUUUAAGUCUGCCUUUUCUCCUUGCCAAAUGUAUAUAACUCACCCUUGGUUAACAGUUGGAGUUUUUCCCGUUAAAAUAAUGCUGGAAAAUUCUUGAUACAAUUGACACAACGUCCUCUCUUUGGUUUAGAAUAGAACAAAUAUUCUUUAGAUUUGA